AUGAAACUAUUCAUCUCUUUCAUUCUUGGCCUUGGCUGUCUUGCCAAGGUCGCCAAUGCGCGUCCUGGGGCGCUGAACAUUCCUGGUGGAGUGCCUUUCCUGUUUAACGCAGUUGCUAGCACUCAGCAGCCCCGAGAAAGCACCCUGGAAGGCGCCAACUUCUUUUGCUAUGCUACUAAUGAAGAAGCCUCUCCAGGGACCAAUUACUCGCAUUGUCGCCCCGAUUCACCUAAUUUCGUCUAUUACGAAUACUCGGACAAAAUAUACGGAUGCACCGAGAAGGGCUGCAAGGCGCAUGUAGUCAAUUACUGGGCUUCCAACAAUAGCUUGAAUUUUGUAACAGACUACGUCUACAGUGAUGCAAAUCUUGCGCCUCCAGAGUUAGGUACUCUGAGUACAUUUUACCGCGAUGAGAAGCAGGGACCCUCAGCAGUGGGAACCAGACAUGUCCUUUCCUCUACACCAUCCACCGCAUCGGACUGCUGUAAAGCAUUGAAGAUAUUGCGCGGGAUUAGGGAUAAAUAUAAACUUAAGCUAGACUUUGAUCUCAAAGAUAUCUGUCCGCGGCAGAAGACGUUCGGAAAUUCAUGGUGGCACUGGGGUCAGCUUCCGAUGGAUAGGGGAUGCAAUAGCCAAGGUAACUUUGGCAACGAGCUUCAUUAA